UAUAACUCUGCAUCAACAAGUCCUCUGGUAAACAGAGGUCAUUGUAACUCCAGACUUUUAUGUUUGGAAAGUAACCUCGUGUGACUGGAUGACUGAAAGAAUGUACUGCUCGUAUUAAUGGACCUAAAAGUGAGGGCGUCAUUUUUCUGAUUGACAGGCUCAUAUGAUUCUUUACUACAGUCUGUACACAGAGCUUCUGACCACACAAGUGGUCUCUCUCUUCUCUGAGCACAUGUAUUCUAUUGGAAACAGACUAGAAAAAGCCCUUCACCCUGUUUUUUUUUUUAAUCCUCUCCUCCUUUUCGGGGAACUAUCAAACCUGGGAUGACCUUGUGGAUUUUCUUCUUCAGAAGGAUUUCUCUUGUUUCUGCUCAGACCUUUCUCUACAUGGCUUUUUUUUUUUUUUUUUGUAUUUUAUAAAAGGAUCCAAAGGCAAGUUUUGGAAAGUGUGAUGUGCUCUUGUGCCUAUUUGCAGGCCAACUAUAAAUAGUCCAGCAGCCUACGCAUGCUCAUGUUUGAUUGGAAAUUGCAGUGCCUUAAGUCAGUGCUGUGGGGUAUCUGUCAAAGGAGGGAAAGAAACUUGUGAAUGCUCUUAUAAAUCUCUCUGGGAAGACAAAAAAGAAGUGACAACACAAACUUUUUUCCUCCUGAAGAACUUUUUUUCCCCUUUGAAUAUUCCUCUUUCUGGUGGAAAAUGGGUUCACGGAGGACAAUGACACGCUCCUCUUCUGGCAAUGGAAGAUCCAGCAACGGGGAUGAUUUCAAUGGGAGUAGCCGGCCUAGUGGCUGCAGCUACCUCUCUAACGUGAGGCCAGAAAACAGGAGCACCCUAUGCAGCAUGAUGGCACAGUUAACUGAGGAAACGCAGCCCUCCUUUGAAACAACCCUGAAGUCAAGAGCUGUGUCCGAGAAUUGCAAUGUGAAGUUCUCUUGUGUGGUUACAGGACACCCUUCUCCUCAAGUUAUUUGGUAUAAGGAUGAUGUGCAGUUAGACAGAUACUGUGGACUGCCCAAAUAUGAGAUAUUCCGCAAUGGACAAAACCAUUCCCUGCACAUUUACAAUUGCAGCGUGGAGGAUGCAGCUAUAUACCAGGCUUCAGCCAGCAACAAUAAAGGUAUUGUGUCCUGUUCUGGGGUUUUGGAGGUGGGCGAAAUGAAUGAGUUCAAGAUCCACCAGCGCUACUUUGCCAAGCUGAAACAAAAGGCUGAAAACCGACGCAGGGAAGCGGAAGGUAAGGAAAACCAGGAGCCCCUACGAACCAUCAGUCCAGACCGCACUCAAAGGAAACGGCGCUCCACGAUGGAGGCCUUUCUCAGCAUGCCAAGCUCUAUGGAGGAUGAGGGCAGCGAGGAGAACCAUCAGGCUGUACCUGCAGAGACUGAGGCCAGGUUGCAGGAGGCAACUAUGGAAGAGGUGGAAGAAAAGCCAGUCCCCAUCCCUAAUGGAGCAAUCUAUACUGUAACUAAUGGACAGGCCAUCAUUGAAAACGGUAACAAGAGUGGGACAUAUAUAUAUGAUUCUGCCCAGAAGAUUUUUACUGCACACCAACCCAAAACUCCCUUUGUCAAAAAGAAGAUUAAAAUUUCCAACAAUGCAAAAGUUGCAAAAUCAGACAUGCCGGGAGAGCGGGCAUCUGAGGAGAGAAAGACAAAAGAUGAGACCUCAGCCUCUAUAGCUCUGGUCUGCACAGAGCCAGUGCCCUCUGAGGGGAAUUCAGAAGAGGUUAUGGAAGUAGAGAACAUUAUUGGUUCGUCAGUUGUGGAUUCAGACUCCAGAAAUGUGACAGAACAACAUCAAAGAUCAGAAACAGAGGAAGCAUUGAUUGUUGAAAGGCCUUCAAAGGGUGAAAACACAAGCCCUGAGGUAACUGUGCCUUCACAGAAACAACAGCUCACUGCCUUGGUACCCCCCGCUGCUCUUACAUCUACAAGUUAUAUUGUGUCAGGAACUGAAGGCCAACAAGCUGCAAAGCAUGAGAAGGAAACUGGUUGCAAAGAUACAGGAGAUAAUUUGAAAAUGCAGAACCAAAGUCCUAACAUUACCUCAACACGACUACAGACAAGUGCAGCAGCAGCACAUCCACAACCCCUCAGCAGAGCAAAGAAGGACAUUUCUAAAACAGAAGAUGUUACAGUCAUGUGUGUUGAAGAAAAGUCAAACACUAACACUAGUGGAUCUUUAACACACAGAGAGUCAGUGAACGCUCCGUGUGAAAGCAGCACUGCUUUAUCUCAGAGUUCGUGUGAACAGACCGGAGAUCAGCUGUCUGAGAAGGAAACAAGCCUCUGCCAAAAAAAUGUGUCUGUGUCUCUGCCAGCGCUGCCGAGGGAGGUUACACAGGCCCAUACAAAGAUGAACAGGAAUGAUGCACCUGUCAACCUUGAGCUUCCACUCAAAGAGUGUUCGAUGGACUCACAACCAGUACAAAAGACUACAUCAGAGAGAGAGACCACAACAGAUGACAUCAAGACCCCUUCUUUGAACCAUGGUCUUCAGGCAGCCAUUGACAAAAUGACACAGGACACAUGGGAUCAUUCCAGGGGAUCAAGUGAAAGCCAUAUGGCCCUUUUUACAGACCUACAGAAGUCACCCCUCCAAAGCCCUGGUGGUGGUGAGAACACCCGAGGGUGUAACGUUUCGCACAGCAUCCAGCAAAGCCAAGUUGAUACAGCUAUUAAAACUGUUGAAGGGACAGAAAUACAAGUUGAUGAAAAAGUAGAAGGUAACGAGGUAGGUAAGUUAAUAGAGCAGUCUAACAGUGUGGCCCCAAAUGAGAAGAUAGUUGAGAUGGAGACUGAAAGUGCUGCGCUACAUAGUAAUGAAAACACUGAAACAGAAAAGACCAAAGAUGCAACACAUAAAGACACUGAUGUUAUCAUUGUGGAUGCCUCUAAAAAAGAAAUGGCAGAGGAAACUUGUUCAGAUUUAAACAAUCUGAAAUCAGAUAUAUCUGAGCCUGCAAUCCCACUCCUAACAAAAACUCCAAUAAACACAAACUUAUCCCAACUUCAAGAUUUCCAAGAAAUUCAAAAACCAGAGACAAAAAUCAUAUCUAUAGCUGAGCUUUUGAGAUCACAAAUAAAGGCUCUUGACUCAACAUUAGCAAAUUCAGCGAACACCAUUCCAAACCAUGCUGACUUUGUACAUGGUCCAUCUACAACUUCUACAGAAACAUGUGAGGAGUUAAAAGAUAAUGACAGCAACUGUAAACCGGAAGCUAAGAUGUCAACGUCUGACAGGAAAACUGAGAUGAGUAAUGACGACACUCCUCCCAAAAACUUAAAGGAAACCCUUAUGGAGGUUUAUCAUCAACUCAAUAAAACUGGUCAGGAACAAAUUCAGACACAAGCUGCAUCUUCACCACCUGUCCAGGCUUUAGAAAAACCUCUUGUAAUCCCACCUAUCUCUGUUGUAGGCACUGUCAGUCCAGAACCUGGGACUCCACUCACAGUGACACCUAUAAAGGCCAGUGGUCAAGAGUCAAAUAUUGUUUUGGCGCAUGCCAAAGAUGAACCUGCUCAGGACAAAGACAGAGCAUUUAUACAAAAGUUAAGUCCAGAAAUUAAACUCAACAGUAAAACUGAACAAGGGAAUACUGAAACACGACUAGAUAAAUUCAAAGUGGAAGAACACACCACAGGAAACAGUUCUUUGCAGAGUGUACAUAGGUUUCCCACUAAAAGUGUACUUGGCACAGAUACACAAGAAAAUAAUCUUCAACUUAUUCAGCAGGACAGCUCUAUGAUUAAGGAAUUUUCAAGAAGUGACUCCUUAGCCAGUCCAACUCCUGAGGCUAGUCCAUUGUUAAAGAAAAGAAAUUGUGUUUCUCCCAUUCCUUCUGCUACUGCACAAGAGCUGGCCUCUGGGGCCAGACGCAAAAUCCUAAUACCCAAGGCCAAACGUGAAGAGGCCUCAGAGGCCACAUCAUCAUUUGAUAACCAAACCCAGAAAAAUGAGCUUUCUACACUGAACAGCAAGCUUUCCACAAGUCCCGUGGGCCUCUCUAUGUCUCCAGGUCUGUCACGACGGUCAUCUCUACUGCAGCCCGCUGGUGAGCAAACCUCUUCUGCAGAAAGACCUUCUCCGCUUGUGAGCAGAAGGAAGAUGGCAUCUGAGACUCAAGCACCAAGCCAGCAGCCCACUGAGGAGAUCCACACCCCAAAAACUGAAAGCAAACCUGCAGAGAAGGAUAAGCACGACCCAUUCAAAGCCCCACAAGUUAUUCGUAAGAUCAGGGGUGAAACCUUUGCAGAUGCCUCAGGACACCUGAAAUUGUGGUGCCAGUUUUUCAACGUUCUUAGUGAAUCUACAAUCAAAUGGUACAGAAAUGAAGAGAAGAUUGCUCAGAUUGAAAGAAAUGCAGGCGAUGAAACUCAGGUCAAUCUUGCCAUUGUUCAGGCAUCAUGCAAAGACUCUGGGGUUUACCAAUGCACAAUCACAAAUGAAUAUGGGACAGACUCAACAGACUAUCUUCUUAGUGCAGAUAUCUUGGCUGGAAUGGCCCUACGUGAGGACCUUGGUGUUGGAGAAGAAAUUGAAAUGACACCCAUGAUAUUCAACAAGGGUGUCGCUGAUUCUGGCAUCUGGGGUAAUAAAUUAUUUGGCCGUAUAAUGAUGCAGGAAUUUCAUAUUGGUGUUGGCUGCUCACAUAAGGUCUGGAGGGCAAAAGUCAUCUAUGGUCUGGAGCCUUUGUUUGAGUCUGGAAAUACAUGUAUCAUCAAAGCAUGCAACCCCGUCGCCUAUGGAGGCAAAGGAGAAAGCUGCCUCGUAGACAGGAACCUGGACAUUGUCAAGCAGGAGUGUAAAAUUCAGAACUUGGCCCGUGAAUACUGCAAAAUCUUCAGUACAGAGGCAAGACUGAUUGAAAACUUUGGCCCCUGUAUCGAGGUGAUUCCAGUCUACUUAAUGUACCGACCUGCAAACACUGUCCCUUAUGCCAAAGUGGAGGCCGAUCUAACAGGAAUCUAUCAGAAAUACUGUACCCUGGAUCACACAGGCAGGAUAGAUACAAGGACAGGCUCUGAGGUGGAGCAGAAGUGCUGUGCCCUGCAGCACUGGAUCUUUCAGUGGACCAAUGGCAAUCUGCUACUCACUCGGCUAGAAGGUGUUGACACAAAGAUCACCAAUGUGGGAAUUUCAGUCAAAUCAACAGGGCAACAAGGUUUAUCUGUUGAAGGGAAUCCCAAAGUUUUUGAGCAGUUUGUCUCCCAGCACCAGUGUAACUACUUCUGUGGUCUGCUCAGCCUGAGGUCUCUAAAGGUCAUGGACUCUUUAUUGACACCAACGAAGCCCAAGGGCUCCAAGAGCCCGUUACUUCAACGCAAAAUGGCUGCCGGCUCCUCCAGUCCUCAGACCGUCCGGAAAGCUGCUGGCAGCCCCAGACUGCCCAGGAAGACUGAGCAAGAGGGCGGAAAGACCCCCUCUAAACAAAAAGCUGUUGAUGCUCCCAAAGUUGUUAAGAUGGAAUAGAAUAAUUAUCUCUCAAUAAGACAUGACAGAUCACAGAUUUUCUCAAUGGAAAAGCAUCCUGAUUAAAUUCCAUUGAUUAUCUGAAAAGGUUUCACUAUCAGCAAAACAAUGCACGAGGAGAUGGAAGAAAGAAAGAAGGCCAAUGACACCUCUGUUUUUAAGAGAGGUAGAAACCCUUCAACACUUCAAAUAAUAUGACUUAACUAUUUAAUUUUGACAGCCACCAUUCCUUGCCAGUAGCACUUAUUGUGGAUUGAUGCCCUCACAGGUUGUGGUGAUUAACUAUUAUAGCCUACACUCAGCAAAUCAAAGGCUUGAAACUACAGUGUAGUAGUGAGUAGUAGCUUUCCUGGGUUUGUAUUCUAUCAAUCCAUAUACCAUAGUAGGUAACAGAUUGUGAAUUCCAAUCUCAGGUCAGUGUAUUUGUACUAAAUGAAUGUGCAAGAUAAAACAUUUUGAACUCAACUGGCAUUAUAUGUAGUCUAUGUGUAAUAUUCAAUGUAAAAGCACAAACAUGUAUCUUUUGUAGUCACGUCUGUGAGAAUGUAGGGGAGUUAUUAUGUCAGUUGAACCAAAACCAUGACAUGGAUAUGCAAUAAGCCCCAUGGUCAUACAGCACGUUUUUAAGGCUGGAAGUAAACUUUUUUUUGUCAGGAAUGUAUCUAGCCAACUGUAGCUUCACAUAACACUGUUGUACAGUGGCCAAUGGUGCUGUGCUUUUAUAUUGUAACCUGUCAUGUUUACUUGCUAUUCUACAUUGCACUGGAUUUUGAGAAACUGCACCUUUGAAUGCUGCAAAAUAAAAAAUUACGCCUUGUA